AUGCUGGGCUGGAUCGAGCGGGUGGUUCCCCAGCCCCCCGUGCCCCAUCUGACGGAGGAGACCCCCCUGGCCCCGAUACAGGACCCGGAGCCGGCUAAGGCACCGACAGGAAAGGCUGGUGGCCCCGGGGAUGCUACUGACCGCGCACGCACCGAAGAAAUGGAAAAGAAGGUGGGAUUUGCGGUCCCCGAGGACCCAGGCUCCGUGUUUGAGAGCGUGGGGAGCAGUGUGCUCUCCUGGCUCUCCCAGGGGCUGGAGAAGGUGAUUCCCCAGCCGGUCCCGGCCUCGGGAACGCUGCAGGCGCUCGGGAAGAGCUUCGAGGCGAGCAUUGACGUUCCGGAUCAGACGGAGGUCCAGAUCCUCAGGGAUGAGGAAGAGGAUGCUCUGGAGAUAAUCCCCUUCGAUCCGGAGGAGGACGAACUGGAUGGCUGUGAGCCCAAGGCCGGCUCAGAUACUGGCACGGAGGAGUGGGCAGGAGCACGCGUGCUCGGCUGGCUGGUGCAGGGCUUCGAGAAGAUGGUGCCGCAGCCGGAGAUGCUGAAAAAGCUGGAGCCCGAGCCGAAGGACCAGAAGUGCGAAGUCGCGGCGGGAGCUGGGGCAAAGUCGAAAAGCAGCGUUUCAGCCGCCCAGAGCAUCCCGGGAGCAGUGGAGCCGACAGCGGCCGAGGGGCAGCCGGAGGCAGUGGCCACCCUCAUCCCUCGGUCCCUGGCUGGGGAUGGCAGCAGGAUGUUUGCCUGGUUUGUCCAGGGACUGGAGAAGGUGAUGCCGCAGCCGGUGACCCGGGAGAGGCAGGACGCACAGGGAGUGGCCGCAGCAACCUCGAGUCCAGUGGAAGAAAUUCAUAUUGUCCCUGGGGAACCUGAGGAGACCGACCUUGUCCUGGAAGAGAUUGAUGAUGCCUGGAUUAACGAAGCCACAUGUGAGAUGAUGGCCUGGGGUCGCGAGGCUGAGCUGGUGGCAGAUGCUCAUCCCCUUCCCCCCAUACAGGAGGAACCUCAGGAAGAAGAAAACAGGCUGCGGUUGUGCUCCCUGAGCGCUGCCGAGGAGGAGGAGGAAGAGGAAAAGGGGGAGGAAGAGGAGGAGGAGAAGGAGGAGGAGAGUGCGGGACCACCGCUGCGGUCGCCUCGUCUCACCGCUGACGAGGGUGUGGAUGAAGUCUACUUUGCAGAGGAGGCCCUGAGGUUUGAGCAGCUGGAGGAAGCUGAGAUAAGUGAUCUCGAAGGUGCUUUUGUACAGGUGGAAGAGGAGACAGCUGAAGCUGCUGAAACCGAUGCUGAAGGUAUAACAUAUAGCAGCGCGCCUAGCAGCAUGUCCAAGCGUGCCCGAGACGUCGAGCUAGAUCGGCUGGUGCAUGACAAGCCGCUCGACGGCGGGGACGCCUCCCCUCCCGGCCGCGGCACGCUAGAGCAGCUCCCCAAUGUCCCCAGCUACCGAACCACCGCUGCCUCCCGCAUCCCCAUCCUUGUCGCCAGCAAGCCAAAGGCUGGAGUUGUCAACCCCAAUUUUUGCAGUGAGGAGCAAUCCCCCCUAGGAGAAAACCUGCAGGAACUCAUUGCGGUUUGUUAUCCAGCUAAGAAAAGGGAUGACACUUCACAGCCCGGCCGGCUGCGGGGUCUAGCCCAAGGUGAUCACCCCACCGUGGACAUCAAGGAUGUGGACAGCGGAGGUGAUGCUAUGGAGAGCGACGGUACCCACUUACUGGUGCCCACCGCCAGCGCUCCCAACAUGCUGGCGGUGCCCGGCAAGGCACCGACAUCCCCCAGGAGGAAGCUGCUGGCCCCGGCGGAUGGUCUGGACGAGGGACCGGUGAGCCCGUGCCCCACUCGAGCGCUGCUGGGCUGGGACGAGGAGCAGAGGGAAAGCCUGCCCCAGCGCAUGGGUUCAGCCACGAGCCUGAGCAGUGCCAUCGUCAACAACCGGCUCCAGGAGCUGGUGAAGCUCUUCAAAGAGAGGACGGAGAAGGUGAAGGAGAAGCUAACCGACCCCGAUGUCACCUCAGAUGACGAGAGCCCUGCGCCAUCCCCCGCCAAGCCAGCGCCUGCAACAGCACAGGUGCCUCCCCCGGGAGGGGAUCUGGAGGGGGACAAGCAGGCGGGGGAUGAGCACUACUGCGAGAUGCUGUGCUGCACGUUCAAGUACCGGCCCUGGCUGGACCGCCUGAAAAACUACCGGUUCCCCAGCAGCAUCGACCCGCUCACCAACGUGAUGUACGUGCUGUGGCUGUUCUUCGUUGUCAUGGCCUGGAACUGGAACUGCUGGUUGAUCCCCGUCCGCUGGGCUUUCCCCUACCAGACGCCGGCAAACAUCCACUGCUGGCUGCUCGUGGACUACCUCUGCGACCUCAUCUAUCUGCUGGACAUCCUCAUCUUUCAGACCCGGCUGCAGUUCGUCCAAGGGGGAGACAUAAUAACGGACAAAAAGGCCAUGAAAGAGCACUACCUGCGAUCACGACGCUUUAAGAUGGAUGUGGUGUGCCUCCUGCCCCUGGAUUUCUUCUACUUCAAAGUCGGUGUCAACCCACUCCUGCGUUUUCCUCGCUGCCUGAAGUACAUGGCCUUCUUCGAGUUCAACAACCGCCUGGAGGCUCUCCUGAGCAAGGCCUACAUCUACAGAGUGAUUCGGACCACUGCCUAUUUACUGUACAGCUUGCAUGUGAACUCCUGCCUCUAUUACUGGGCAUCAGCCUACGAAGGACUGGGCUCUACCACCUGGGUCUACGACGGGGAAGGAAACAGCUACAUCCGCUGCUACUACUGGGCGGUCAAAACCCUCAUCACCAUCGGGGGGCUGCCGGACCCCAAGACGCUGUUCGAGAUCGUCUUUCAGCUGCUGAACUACUUCACGGGUGUCUUUGCUUUCUCCGUCAUGAUAGGGCAGAUGAGAGAUGUGGUCGGGGCCGCUACCGCAGGGCAAACUUACUAUCGGAGCUGCAUGGACAGUACCAUUAAAUACAUGAACUUCUACAAAAUCCCCAAAACUGUUCAGAACCGGGUGAAAACGUGGUACGAGUACACGUGGCAUUCGCAAGGCAUGCUAGAUGAGUUAGAGCUGCUGGUGCAGCUGCCGGACAAGAUGAGGCUGGACAUCGCCAUCGAUGUGAACUACAACAUCGUGAGCAAAGUGGCCCUUUUCCAGGGCUGCGACAGGCAGAUGAUCUUCGACAUGCUGAAGCGGCUGAGAUCGGUGGUCUACCUGCCUAAUGACUAUGUGUGUAAGAAGGGAGAAAUCGGCCGCGAGAUGUACAUUAUCCAGGCGGGACAAGUGCAGGUGCUGGGGGGACCCGACGGCAAAACCGUGCUGGUGACUCUGAAAGCCGGAUCUGUGUUUGGAGAAAUAAGCUUGCUGGCGGCAGGAGGGGGAAAUCGCCGAACGGCAAACGUCGUAGCUCACGGCUUCGCUAACCUUUUCAUUUUGGAUAAGAAGGACUUGAACGAGAUUUUGGUGCAUUAUCCGGAGUCUCAGAAGCUGCUGCGUAAGAAGGCCAAGAAAAUGCUGAAAAACAACAAUAAACCCAAAGACGAGAAAGGAGCGCCUGGAGACUCCCUGAUCAUCCCCCCGAAAGCUGAUACCCCGAAGCUCUUCCAGGCUGCCCUGGCCGCUGCGGGGAGGGUGGGGGGCAGAGGGCCACUGGCGCAGCUCCGGUGGAGGCUGAAGGAGCUGAAGGCGAUGCAGGCGACACAGGGUUCCAGCUUCAGUCCAACCCCACCGAAAUCACCAGUGCACCAGAGAUCGCCUGUCACCUCCCACAAAGCACGCGCCCACUUGGAAGAAGAAAUAUUCUCAAAAUCUUCUGAUAGUUUAGUCACCAUUCGUGUGAUUUCUACGGCACAGGAAGAUGAAGAAAUCCUUGCUGCUGAGAUUUCUGAGAAAGAAGAAGAAGAAAAAGAAGAGAAAUGA